AUGGGAUUCCGUGCACAUCCUUCAGUUUCCGCUUACAUCCUGCCGCCGGAAUAUCCAGGAUUCCGACAACAGGAUCCAGAUAUUUCCGACACCUGGACCUGUUGGAUCCGACAUAAUCCGACUGUCGGAAUGCGUCGGACUCAACAGUGUAUUGCACCAUCAACGAGUCAAUGUGGUAAUGGUGUUCAAGAUAGUGGCGAGACGGGAACAGACUGCGGAGGACCAUGUGCAGCCGGAAAAAAGUGUGCUGACGCAUCGCAGUGUACUGUAUCUGCUGAUUGUAACAGUAACGUGUGCGCUACACAAAUUUGCCUACCGAGUCAAUGUGGUAAUGGUGUUCAAGAUAGUGGCGAGACGGGAACAGACUGCGGAGGACCAUGUGCAGCCGGAAAAAAGUGUGCUGACGCAUCGCAGUGUACUGUAUCUGCCGAUUGCAGCAGUAACGUGUGCGCUACACAAAUUUGCCUACCGAGUCAAUGUGGUAAUGGUGUUCAAGACAGCGGUGAAACUGGAGUGGAUUGUGGAGGACCAUGUGCAGCCGGAAAGAAAUGUGCUGACGCAUCGCAGUGUACUGUAUCUGCUGAUUGUAGCAGUAACGUGUGCGCUACACAAAUUUGCCUGCCGAGUCAAUGUGGUAAUGGUGUCAAGGAUAACGGUGAGACUGAUCAAGACUGUGGAGGACCUUGUGCAGCCGGACAAAAAUGCGGCAAUAACAAAUUAUGUAGCGUUGCUUCAGAUUGUACUAUAAACGCUUGUAGCUCGGGACGAUGUGCUCUACUGAGUCCUCCGACUCUCGUGGGUAAACCACCUGGCACCGCACAGUGGGGCUCAUCUUCAAUAGCCGCUGGUGACUUCAACAAUGAUGGUAAAAUGGAUUUUAUCCUGAGCGAAUAUCAUAAUUAUCGUGCUGAAUUGUUUACGGGUGAUGGUACUGGAGUGAUGACAUCUCUAAGUACUCUUAAUACUGCCAAUCAUCCAGCAUAUGGUGCAGCCGGCGAUUUUAAUGGAGACGGUAAUUUAGAUUACGUUGCAGUCUCUGAUGAUUAUGGAUACCUAAGGUUAUUUCAAGGAAGCGGUACUGGCACUUUUACGCUCACAUACGACCAGAAUGAUGGAAAACGAAAAGCGACUGUUAUACCCGCCGAUUACAACGGGGAUGGAAAACUAGAUUUUGCUGUGUCAUACUAUGCUGACAACAAGGUGUAUUUGUAUAUAGCAAAUAAUGCUAACAGUUUUAAUUCUCCUGGAAUCUUUGCUGUUGGAUCAAAUCCGAGAAAAAUGGCUUCUGGCAAAUUCGAUAGUGAUAACUAUGCAGAUCUUGUCGUCAUUAAUGAAAAUGAUGGUACAAUAAGCAUUCUUCUUGGAAAAUCUGAUGGUACUUUUGGAACGGCGACGACUAUCUCAGUUGCAGCAUCAAUAAAUACAGUUGCUGUGGCCAAACUCAAUGCUGACAACUACCUCGAUCUUAUUCUAACCGUUCCUAAUACUCACUCAUUGAGUGUGCUUUUGGGCGACGGCAAUGGAAAUUUCGGGACACCGAACACAUUUCUAGCAGGUGGUAACGGGCCGAGCAAAAUAGAUGCUGCUGAUAUGGAUUUAGAUGGUAUACUCGACGCUGUAGUUGCUUUUGACUAUUCUGGAACCCAACAAGUGGGUGUACUUCUGGGAAAGGGUGAUGGCACUUUUUAUCCAGCGACUAGAUUUUUUGCACUUACAUACGGACCAGCGCACAUUACUGCUGUGAAAGUCGAUGGAGAUAAUCGACCGGAUGUCAUCGUUACUGGUGGUGAUAGUUACACUAUAUUUUUGAAUACAGGACCUUAA